CUUUAUUUUUUUUCUUCCUUCUUUUGCUUUAUUCAUCGUCAGAUUCUUCACUGAGAGGCCACAAAAUCUCUUGAAGAUCCAACCCAAUGCCAACUUCUCUCUAAUCUUUCUCUAUCAACGUUAGGGUUUUUUUUCCCCUCUUUCAAGCUCAUCCUUUUGAAACUCUUCAAAUUUUCCUCUUUCCAAAAUUACCCAACCCAAAAACCCACUCUUUUUUACCUUCCUCAAAGUUUCAUUUUCAGGGUUUUGGUUUCGAUUCAGUGUUAAAAUUCUUGCUUUGAAGCUCAGAUCAGAGCUCGAAUUCUGGGUUUUUUGUGGUUGGUUGGUUUAUUUUGUUGGUGGGAUUUUGGGGGUUUGUUGGUAGCCAUUUGAUUUGUUGACUUUUGGGGUUGAAUUUGUUCAUUUCUGGAGGUUUUGAUUGGGUUUUGUGGGUGCCGCAUGUAGAGGAUUAUUGAAGCUUGUGUUGGAUUUUAGAGGGUUUCUCAUUUGGAGAUUUUAGGGUUUGGGUUUUUUAUGUAAUAAUUAGAAAAAGUGAUCUUUUGUGGAUAUGAUUUUGAUUUGGUGGCUUUAAUGUAUAACCAUUAAGGGGUCCUCUGCUCUUUGCUGUAGAGGAUCCCUAUUGAAGAAAAUCCAAAUUUUUGUGACAUUAAGUUAUCAAUCUUGAUCAGUUUGGGUGAACUUUAACAAGUACUUUGCUUAAAUUUUAGUGCUUUCUUGGUGAAGAAAAGAGAAAAAAUCAAGUGGGAAAUUUGUUGACUUUGAGUUUUGGUGGAUUGAUAAUUUGGUGUUUGUUUAAAUUGUGGAGGAGAUGUUUGCUUCUGGUCCAGAAACUGGCCAAGAAAAUAGUGGAGUUUCAGGGCCACUUUUGAUUCCAAUGCGCUUUGUAUGGCCUUAUGGGGGAAGGAGAGUGUUUCUCAGUGGCUCCUUUACUAGAUGGUCAGAACAUAUACCUAUGUCUCCAAUGGAGGGUUGCCCCACUGUAUUUCAAGUUAUUUGUAGCUUGAGCCCUGGAUAUCAUCAGUUUAAGUUUUAUGUUGAUGGAGAAUGGCGGCAUGAUGAGCACCAGCCCUUUGUAAAUGGUAAUUAUGGUGUAGUAAACACCGUCUUUAUAGCUAGGGAACCAGAUAUGGUUCCUCCAACGUCUAGUCCUGAGACUCCUGGUAGAUCCAACAUGGACGUUGAUGACGUUUUUAUUCGUUCGGAACCAGUUCCAACAAUAUCAGAUGCUGAUUUAGAGGUCUCUCGUCAUCGUAUAUCUGCUUUCUUGUCAAGACACACUGCAUAUGAGUUGCUUCCAGAGUCAGGCAAGGUUAUAGCCUUGGAUGUUAAUAUAGCUGUGAAGCAAGCAUUCCAUAUUCUGCAUGAACAGGGAAUUCCAGUGGCUCCUCUCUGGGAUUCUUGCAAGGGUCAGUUUGUUGGAGUUCUUAGUGCAUUAGACUUUAUUCUUAUCCUAAGAGAGCUGGGGAAUCAUGGUUCAAAUUUGACAGAGGAAGAAUUAGAGACACACACAAUAUCAGCUUGGAAAGAGGGAAAGGUGCAGCUUAGCAGACAGAUUGACGGCAACGCAAGAUCAUAUCCUAGAUGUCUUGUUCAUGCUGGGCCUUAUGAUUCUUUGAAGGACGUUGCUCUGAAGAUUUUGAAGAGUAAGGUGGCUACGGUUCCCAUCACUCAUUCUUCGGCACAAGAUGGUUCAUUUCCACAGCUGCUACAUCUUGCCACAUUGUCUGAAAUACUAAAAUGUAUAUGCAGACAUUUUAAACAUUCUUCUAGCUCCUUGCCCAUUCUUCACCAACCAAUUUGUUCAAUCCCCUUGGGUACUUGGGUACCAAAAAUUGGGGAAUCAAAUGGUCGGCCAUUGGCAAUGCUGCGGCCAAACGCCUCUCUUGGUGCUGCCUUGUCGUUGUUAGUUCAAGCCGAGGUUAGUUCGAUACCAAUAGUGGAUGAGAAUGACUCAUUGCUUGAUAUAUAUUCGCGAAGUGAUAUAACCGCUUUGGCAAAUAAUAAAGCUUAUGCACAAAUUCAUCUUGAUGAAAUGAGUAUACAUCAGGCCUUGCAACUGGGUCAAGAUGCAAACUCUUUCAAUGGUCAAAGAUGUCAGAUGUGUCUACGAUCAGAUACCUUGCACAAAGUGAUGGAGCGGUUGACAAAUCCUGGGGCUAGGAGACUUGUGAUUGUGGAGGCUGGCAGCAAGCGAGUAGAAGGAAUUAUUUCGCUGAGUGAUGUGUUUAAGUUCUUGCUUGGUGUUUAGCUCAGAAAAGGUCUAGUCGCGUUUCAAAACGAGGGCUUUACUGUGGGUGGCGUUCAGGAAGAGAUCCAUUAAAUUUCAUUUGAGUUCUGUUUUUCUCUGCUGCUCUUAUCUGCCCCUCACCUGGUGAAUGGUCUUUAUUUGUUACUCUCUCAGUCUUUUGAUUUGGAAGGGCUUCAUCACUCUGAGCCCCCCCACCCCUUUUUUAGGAUAGAAAUUUCAAAGAGCAAGAAAAUGAAUUUGUAAAUUGUGAGAAUUCAAUUUUUCCCCUUCAUUUCAAUAACCUAAUUAUUGUCAACUCAACCAUGCUGCUGCAGCAGCUCCCAAUGUCUGUGUCUAUGCUAACAGAAAAAUGAGGCAGAAAAAAGAACAAAAAAAAAAAAAAGAAGUAAAGAUUUAGGUGAUGCUGGAGCAGCUUCUUAUC